CCUGAUCAUAUUUUACCCCUGAGCCGACGAAUAAGGCUAAAUGUCUCUUAUAUCAACACUCACUUCUCCUUUCCAUUCCAGUCUGUCCUUAUUCUCUCGAUCAUCAAUCUUACGAUGAUACCGACAAAACGCACCUCCCUCCCUCUCCUCCUCCUUCUCGCAAUCCGACACCGAUGGCGCCGAGUCCUCAUCCUGCUCUCCCUCCUGUACCUGCUCAAUGCAUAUAACAACCAAAAACAUCCCUUCACAACCAAACCACAUACCAUCACCUCUCUGUCUCUCGAAUACGAACGCGCACACCUUUCCCCAAGCUCGUCUCAUCGCCAACUCCUCCCCCUGUCCGAAGCAUCCGCCCUCUGCUCAGCACACAACUGGCGCCCAUGGCCACACCGAGGGAAUGGGGGACGAAAAGUCUACGACCUAUUCAUGCUAAACGAUGAGUUAGACUGGCUUGAAAUCCGACUCCAUACAUUAGCACCAUACGUUGAUUACUUUGUUAUUUUGGAGAGCGCUGUGACGUUCACGAAGCAGGAGAAGAAGUUAGUGCUGAAAGAGAAUUGGGACAGGUUUAAAGAGUGGCAUGGCAUGAUUAUCUAUAAAGAAGUUACCGGGAUGCCUGUCGAUGCGCGGCGGACGUGGGAUUUAGAGGAUUUCCAGAGGAACGCAAUGGUGCUGCAGGGAUUGGGGAGUGUAGAGGGGACGGAGAAGGCGGCCAAAAAGGGAGAUGUGUUGAUCGUUAGUGAUGUUGAUGAGAUUCCGCGGCCAGUUAGUGUGGUGUUGUUGAGGGAGUGCAGGACGCAGAAGAGGGUGACAAUUAGAAGUGUGUUCUAUUAUUAUGGGUUUCAGUAUCGGCAUAAAGGGAAGCAGUGGAGCCAUCCGCAGGCUACGGUUUAUGCGGAGAGAAGGACGAUCUUGCCGGUGGAUUUGAGGAAUGGGGAGGAUAGCAAGAUUUAUUUUUUCUGGACGUGGUGGGAUAAAGCGGAGUUGUGGAAUGGAGGGUGGCAUUGUAGUACUUGCUUUAAGACCGUGGAGGAGGUGUUGAGCAAGAUGAGGAGCUUUAGUCAUGUCGCGUUGAAUCAAGAGCCAUUUAGGGAUCGGGCGAGGAUUGUGGAUAGGGUGCGGAAGGGGCUCGAUUUGUGGGAUCGGAAGGGGGAGGUAUAUGAUGAGAUUUAUGGGAAUGUGGAUAUCCCCGAGUAUUUGAAGGAGGAUAGGGAGAGGUGGGAGUUCUUACUGGACCGGAGUGGGAGCAAUGCCGCUUUCCAAGAUUAUGAUCCCAGUGCGACUGCUGGCGAUUGAGCGCUGGGAGACAGACAAUCGAUCAAGAAACUUGGAGUCUGUGAUCACAGCACGUGAAAGCGGCUGCUACCGUGGAGACCCUUGGGUAGAUCUGCUACCAGUGAUCCGGGCCCUAUGUAAGACAAGACCACAAGCCCCAUGGCACACUUGUGAUUAGUCCUCAGGAAACGUUUCAUGUAUAAAAUCUCCCCCUGGUAAGAUCGAGGGAUGAUCUAUCCCUAGAUUCAGUAGACUUGGUAGACUUUGUCCAAGCAUCAGUCAUGUCAGACAAGAUUGUACGAAAGACAUGAAUCCCUCUCACACAACAUUAUCCCGGGCGCUCAGUUGUAUGAACUAUUUUCCUUGUUGAGAUGGCUAGAAAC